AGUGUCGCACUCUCGAGUGGAAGGAACGAAAGAUCACACGAACGAGAAAACAAUGCCUCCUUUCUCCCCUUCCUUCCUUUCUCUCUCUUAAUAAUAAACAUCUAGAGAGAGAAAGUUCAUCUCGAUACCCUCUCUUCCGUUGAUUUACUUCUUAUCAUCAUCAUCGUCAUCGGCGCCGACAAUUGUAGGGUCCCUAAUUUUUCUUUUUAUUAAAACAAAAUUUUGAGGGAACAUAGGGGAGAGGGGUUUUUGUUUUCUCCAAGGCUUAGGGUUUUUGAUUGUUAUAGAGAGAGAAAAAAGUUUCUGGGUUUGACCUACUAUGGAGCCGCGCGUUGGUAACAAGUUUCGUAUCGGUCGCAAGAUCGGCAGCGGAUCAUUUGGAGAGAUCUAUCUCGGUACUAACAUUCAAACAAACGAGGAAGUUGCAAUUAAGCUUGAAACCGCCAAGACAAAGCAUCCUCAGUUGCUGUACGAGUCAAAGUUGUAUAAGAUUCUGCAAGGAGGAACUGGAAUUCCAAAUAUUAGAUGGGUUGGUGUUGAAGGAGAAUAUAAUGUCCUCGUGAUGGAUUUACUGGGACCUAGUCUUGAAGAUUUGUUCAACUUUUGUAGUAGGAAAUUGUCUCUGAAGACUGUUCUGAUGCUUGCAGACCAGAUGAUUAAUCGUGUUGAAUUUGUUCAUUCCAAAUCAUUUCUCCAUCGAGAUAUUAAGCCAGACAACUUCUUAAUGGGUUUAGGAAGGCGUGCCAAUCAGGUCUAUAUCAUUGACUUUGGUCUGGCUAAGAAGUACAGAGAUACUUCAACACAUCAGCAUAUUCCUUACAGAGAAAAUAAGAAUUUGACAGGAACUGCAAGAUAUGCUAGCAUGAAUACUCAUCUUGGCAUUGAACAAAGUCGCAGGGAUGAUUUAGAAUCCCUUGGAUAUGUUCUGAUGUAUUUUUUAAGAGGAAGUCUUCCUUGGCAAGGACUAAAAGCAGGGACCAAGAAGCAGAAGUAUGAAAAGAUCAGUGAAAAGAAAGUCUCCACUUCUAUUGAGGCCUUGUGUCGGGGUUAUCCCACAGAAUUUGCUUCGUACUUCCAUUACUGUCGUUCACUCCGUUUUGAUGACAAACCAGAUUAUGCUUAUCUGAAAAGGCUGCUUCGUGAUCUUUUUAUUCGUGAAGGUUUCCAGUUUGACUAUGUCUUUGAUUGGACAAUUUUGAAAUAUCAGCAAUCCCAGAUCGCUAAUCCUCCUACUCGUGCACUUGGCCCUGGUGCUGGACCAAGCUCUGGCAUGUCUCCUGCUGGUGCUAAUGUUGACAAGCAAUCAGGUGGGGAAGAUGGUAGACCUGGUUGGCCUUCAGCAGAUCCCUCUCGAAAGAGAAACUCUGGACCAAUUACAAGUUCUGUAAAUUUAUCGAAACAGAAAGGUCCAAUUGCAACUGAUCUACCUGUAUCCAAAGAUGCUACAUUAUCCAGCUCAAAUUUUCUGCCGACUAUCGGAUCAUCAAGGAGACCUGCCAUUUCUAGCAGUCGUGAUGCAGCACUUGUUGGGAAUGAUUCUGAACCAACUCAUUCUCGCAUAACAGAUGUGAGCCCUGCCGUCAAAAUUUAUGGCGGUCAAAGAAGUUCGGCCAUGGUAUCUUCAGAGCAGAAGCACCCACCUUCUGGUAGAAACUCCUCAAAAGUAAAGACCUUUGAAUCAACUCUUCGGGGCAUUGAGAGCCUGCACUUCAAUAAUGAAGAAAGGAUUCAGUAUUAAGAAAUGCAGAACUUGGUACAUUUCCCACUGUAAAUUUACAAUCAGAUACACACACCUGAAAGUGGAAUAUGCGUUGUUAUGUGUCGCUAUAUAUCGUUGGUAGUGGCUAAGCAAUCAAAUUUCAUAUUCUCUCUUUUUGGUACAUCAGCAAACAAUACAGUUGAAUUUGUUACCACAUGAUGGAAUAUGUAUAGCAAUAAAUAGUUUCAAAUUCUAUGUUA